AUGGCACUAUUGAUGGAAAAGGGGUCUGAACCCCAAACCGAAAGCGAAAGAGCUGACCUUGAUGCCAUAGCCGCUCUCAAAGAAAAUACUGCUAUUGAACUCAAGGACAAGGGUAACGAGUAUGUGAAGAUGGGCAAAAAGCACUUCGCUGAUGCCAUAGAUUGCUACACGAGAGCAAUAAAUCAGCAAGCUUUGAGUGACUCUGACACCUCUAUUCUCUUUUCAAAUAGGGCCCAUGUCAAUCUUUUACUUGGUAACUACAGACGUGCUCUUACUGAUGCUGAGGACGCAAUUAAGCUCUGUUCCACUAAUGUCAAGGCUUUGUACCGAGCUGCCAAAGCGUCUUUUGCAUUGAACUUGUUGUCUGAAUCAACUUUGCAUUGCCAAAAUGGGAUUAAGCAUGACCCAAGUAACGAAGAGCUAAAGAAGCUGUUAAGGCAGAUUGAGUCAAAGAAGAUGGAAAACCAACAGCGUGAGGCUCAAGUUUCCAAGGCUAUAUCAGGGGCUAAGGACCUUGUUUCCGCGAUCGAAAGUAGAGGACUGAAAAUUGGGAAGGCAAUGUAUCAAGAACUUACAGGAUUAAGAAAGCCUGUAUUAGAUAAGAAUAAUAUUCUACAUUGGCCAGUUCUUCUGCUGUAUGCAGAGGUUAUGUCCAGUGACUUCAUUGAGGAUUUCUCAUCCAAUGCUUUUGGAUAUACGUGCAUUUUGUGGUUUCCUGAACUUUCAAACAUGUUUUCAGAAAGCUGCAAGCCUUUGUCAUGGGAUCAGGAACACAAUUACACUCGUGAAGCUGUUGAAUUAUACUAUGAAGCAGGUUCAGGAGUUUCUCUGUCAACAACAAAGAUUCUUCGUUGUCUCUUAGAGGGCACUGAAGCUUCUCAUGUGGAAAACAUCGGUGUUGAGGAAAAUGAUGCAAAUGAGAAUUCUAAUGGUGGCAGCUCAGCAGGCAAAGGUUCCUCUAGAUGGGUGAAAGUAAAUGAGAAAAGAACACUUCAUGAUGUUCUGAAAGAACCUAACUUUGUUAUUCCAGGGAUCCCAGUGUUUUUUGUUGUUUCUAAACGUUCCAGCUUCUAUAAAGAGUUCAAAGCUGGGAAAUGGGCUCCUCCACCUUGA